AUGGCUGGCGAACGACUGUUCUCCCCACUGCAGCUUGGCAAUGUCACGCUCGACCACCGCAUCGUCAUGGCACCACUGACGCGGUAUCGAGCGGAUGAAGACGGCGUUCCAAUCGAUAUUGUAAGAGACUACUACACUCAACGCGCCUCAACUCCGGGCACUCUCAUCAUAACCGAAGCGACACUCAUAAGCCCCCGAGCAUCCGGUAUAGCCAAUGUGCCAGGGAUCUGGAACUCCAGACAGAUUGCUGCCUGGAAAAAGAUCACAGACGCCGUCCACGAGAAGGAAUGUUUCGUUUUCCUUCAACUCUGGGCGUUAGGCCGACGAGCUGACGCUCAGCUCCUGCAGUGUGCUGAGGGAGGCCCCUAUCCGGUGGUCAGUGCCAGCGCAAUGCCUGCCGAGGACGGUGCCCGAGCGCCCCACGCCCUGACGCCAGACGAGAUCCAGCUUUUCAUUGACGAUUUCGCUUCUGCGGCCAAGAACGCCAUGGCUGCAGGUUUCGAUGGCGUCGAGAUUCAUGGAGCAAACGGCUAUCUUCUUGACCAGUUCCUCCAGGACGUUUGCAACCAUCGUACCGACAACUAUGGCGGAAGUAUUGAGAACCGUGCUCGUUUCGGACUGGAAGUCACCCAGGCCAUCAUCACGGCGGUCAGCGACAGCAAGAAGGUCGCGAUUCGGCUAUCCCCAUGGACUGAUUUCGACGGCAAGAGAAUGGUAGAUCCGGUGCCUCAGUUUUGCUACAUGAUUUCCGAGCUCAAGAAACUUGGUCUCGCCUACUUGCAUCUCGUCGAGAGCCGCUAUGCAGGGGACGUGGCGACAGCCUCCUACCACGUGCUGACACGACGGAAUGAUCCAUUUAUCAAGCUCUGGGGACCACUGACUCCCAUCAUAUUAGCUGGCGGGUUUACGCCCGAAACAGCAAAAAAGGUCACCGAGGAGCUUUACGCAGACUCAAACCUAUGCAUUGCAUUUGGGCGGUUCUAUAUCAGCUCGCCUGACUUGCCGUACAGGAUCCGCGAAAACAUCCAAUUGAACCCUUAUCUUCGAGAAUCAUUCUACUUGAAGAUGAGCCAUGUGGGCUAUACCGACUAUCCGUUUAGUCCCGAAUUCAUAGUUGCUAACGCGCAGAAGUUGUCCGGCUCCCUUUGA